CCAGAAUGUUUAAAAAACUCACCAAAUUCAUUGUAAAUCAAAUGGAUCCGUGCAAGGAACUGGUUCCUGUUGAAAGCAUCGCAGACAAUGAGCACUUCAGGCCUCUCUAUCUACUGAAAAAAAAAAACAAAUCAAAAACUGUAUUUCAUCGAGCUCCCUACUACCAGCGGACAGGCUUCACACUGGAUGAUGUGCUGCUGCCUGGAGAAGAUGGUAAAAGCGUAGAGUCCCUCCAUCAAGAAUCCAGCCAAUUCACUCUCACAAAAGUCAGCGCUGACCAAGCUGAUGGAGGUCUCAGCAUUUCAUUUGACCCUACAAAUGUAGAGCUGAAAGGAGGUGCCUCCUUGUCCAGAGAGUUUUCCAUUACACCACAGAAGAAGAGCAUAUCACUGGAAUCACUAGAGGCACUGAGAAGAGAAAGGGAAAUCAACAUGGAUCAUUCCUUCAUCCGACAGCUCCAGAGAACAGACAUCAAGCUGUAUGUGGUCACUGAAAUCAUCGAGGCCUCAGAGGAGGCUGUCUACAAGGAAUCCACCAAGGCAGACAGGGGCUUCAAGGCCAAAUUUUAUGCCUCACUCUGUGCACAGAGCAACAGGGAGGACAAACAAAGCAUAGUGAUACCCAAGGGCUGCACGCUGGCCUUCAGGACCAUCCCACUACACAUUAGAGACGGAGCAUGGGAUCUGGAUUAUUUCCCAGCAGAAGCUGUGAGAAGGCAAGCUUAUGUAGCUGAUGGUCCCUCAGCAGGAAAAUUAGGACAAGUGAUGAAAGAAGUUCAAUAUUCCUGCCGAAUUUUCCCCGAGUUGUCUCCUGACCUGCUGCUCAUCACCUUAAACACCGUCAAAGCUGUGAUGAGAGACAAGAACCUCCUUCAAGAGCUCAGCCAGAAAAUGGAAGAAGUUUCUGAGCAAAAUGAUGGUUAUCAGUUGAAUACUGAGAGCCCAGACUUAAAAGAACUGUUCAGCACCUUACAGCAAUCUCCAAGAGAUCGUCUCCUUCAGCUGGCAGAAGGAAUCACCUACGUCCUUGACGCUUUGCAGGAGUUAACGGAGGAUCAGCUGCUGCUGCUGCUGGAAUCCUUGGAAAGGAAGAUUGUGUCCCAGCAGCUGAACCUGGUUGCAAACCUCCUUAAACAUGACCUGGAUAAGGGGAAGGAGACUUUCCUUCUUGAUGUCAGCGUGCUCUUCCCACACGAGGAGGAACAGAUGUUAACCAUUGCCCUGGUGGAGCUGAGUGGAGUGCAGCUCCAGGAAGAUGGAUCAGCUUUCCCUAGGGAUCAACCCUCUGAGGCUGUGGCAGCCCUGUUCGUGGUCCUGUAUGCCCUUAACUUCCUGAGUGGUUCCAGACAAGCCCCUGACGGGACCUCAGCGAAGACUCGCCCGCGCCCCCAAACGGCGGGAACAGCUCAGCACCCGGCGGAAACGGCCGAAAGCUCUACGGAGAUUCCCGAAGGAGAGAGGCGAAAGAAGCCGAUCGAUACCGGAACCUUCCGAGAGAGCUCGGCCAAAACGCCCGAAAAUGCAGGCGAAAAUCUACGAGCGAAGACGGAAACACCCGAGAGCAUCACGGAACUCCACGAGCGGGCGCGACGGAACUCUCCGAGCGGUGCCUGA